CACUAAACAUAGAUAUAUACCUCUGGGAGAUACUAUCUUUAUUUCAUACUUGAGUUUUUGAAAUCGAUUAUCAUAAUUAUAUGGCGUUGCUGAAACAGUUGGAGCACCUCAAAAUCUCAUUAGAUGUCAUUAAGUUAGCCACCAAUAACUUUGGACCUGAGAACUUUGUGGGGGUCGGUGGGUUUGGCAAGGUCUACAAAGCAGAGAUAACUACAACCGAGGGCCUAACAAAAGCCGUUGCAAUAAAGAGAUUAGACAGACGCCAUGGUCAAGGCGAACGUGAGUUUCUGAUGGAGAUAAUGAUGCUCUCUCGUUAUCGACACAAAAACCUAGUCUCUCUCUUAGGCUUUUGUGACGAAGGGGACGAGAAGAUUCUUGUUUAUGAUUAUGAGUUUAAUGGUAGUCUUGAAAAGUACCUUGGUAGCAACAGUCUAACAUGGGGUCAACGCCUGAAGAUAUGCAUUGGGGCAGCUCGUGGACUGGAGUACCUUCACAACCCUCUUGGAACACAGCAAAGAGUCUUGCAUCGAGAUGUGAAGAGUGCGAAUGUUCUUUUAGAUCAGUUUUGGGAAGCUAAAAUAGCUGACUUUGGGUUGUCCAAAAUAGGCCCCGCAAAUCAAGAGUUUACGUUUCUUGUCUCCAAUGCAGUCGGAACAUUUGGGUAUUGUGAUCCGCUGUAUGCAGAGACAAAUUUUCUUACAAAGGAGUCGGAUGUGUACUCGUUUGGGGUAGUAUUGUUUGAAGUUCUUUGUGGGAGGCUUUGCAUUGGGAAACCCGAUGAUAAACAUCGUUUGUUGACAAAACUCGCACAAAUCAGCUAUGAACAAGGAAAAUUAGAUGACAUUAUCUUCCAUGGUCUACGUGGACAAAUGGAGUCCAAUUCUCUAAGAACUUAUUCUUCAAUUGCAUAUCGUUGUUUGAAAAGAGAGCGUGAAGAACGCCCGACCAUGGCUCAAGUGCUUGAAGAACUUGAGCUUUCACUUGAAUAUCAGGAAAGCUUUCAAAGUGGAAAACCCAUGGAGUAUGAGGAAAUAAUCCAGAUGGCUGAUAGAGAACAACCCUUAGUCUACACAAAUAAAAGGGAACUCAAAUUGCUUCUAUCUUCAGGAAUUCGUUUUGAUUGGGGUAGAAGGUGGUUUUCCUUGAGCAAGAAAGAACAGAAUUGUGAGAUGAUUUCUGCAUCAGAAUUCACGUUCCAAGAUCCUGGAAUUGUGCAAUGGAUUCCUCACUCUACAUCGAGGUUUUCUGAGGUAGCUAAGAUUGAAAGGCCACAUAAUUUGCAAAUAGUGGUUGAUGUAGAAACACGUUUUUUAUCACCGGGAAUUACAUACGCGGCAUACCUGGUGCUCAAAUAUUGUGAUACAUUUAGUAGUUCUUCACACGUAGACCAAUCAAAGAUGACUCGUGAACCCAUAUUUUUGGGUUUACAAUUCAAAUUUAAAGACGCAAAUGAAUCAUCAUUCUCUCACCUUGCAGACUGGACGGAUAAUGGAUGGAUGAUACUUGAACUGUGCCAAUUUGUUAGUUAUAGGAAAGUCGCAAAGCUUGAGCUUUUGCUUGAAGGAAUUCCUUGUUAUAAUUUCAUGUUACUUGAAGGCAUCCAGUUCUUGCCUAUCGAGAUGCAGGCUAUAGAAGAAGAGCCAUUAGUAGUAGUAGACAAUUCAAAUACGAUGAUAGAUGCAAACUGGGAACAAAAACUACCAAACGACUACCAGUACAUAAUCAAAGCAGCAAAGGAUCGUGUCCCAUACAACAUUACUAACAAGGAAAUCUACACGCUUCUUUCAAACGGGAUUCUUACGAACAAAGGCCAAAUGUUGUUUUCUCUUGAUAAAAAUGGAAUCAAAUGCUGUAUGGCAUCAGCACGAGCAUUUUUAGAAGACAACGACGGGGAAUUCAGCAGGUUCUCAGAUCUGGCGUGUUUUCGUUGGAUAUCUCUACAUGAAUCAAGAUUCGAGAAGGUGGCUGAAUGUCAAUCAGGCAGGGUUUUGCGUAUAAACUGCCCUAUCAACUCACAUAUGCUUACACCAAACACAACCUAUGCAACUUACCUUGUGUGUAAACUGCCAGAAGUCAGCCACGUGACGCUUAAGUGUCCUCUAGAAGUAAAGGACAUCAACUUUGGCUCUCCGAAUUUCAAUGAAGUUCGUUUUAUCUAUUUGAGCAGCCCAAAAACCCCGUUAAUUAUGCUGACAAAUAGUGACCAAGAUCGUAAUCAAAGACCAACCAUGAACCCAUUGUCUAGACCCAAAAUAGAGAGCAUGUUGAGACAACGGAAAGAUGGGUGGAUGGAAGCUCAGAUAUGGACAUUUAAAGCAGAUGCUGCAACUUCUGUGAACGUAACAUUCGCCUUGACCUGUAACGAACGCGAGCAGCUUACCGGGCUUAUUGUGCAAGGAAUUGAGAUCAGACCAAAAUAUACUCUACUUGUGAAAUGAGAUCUACUCGGAUAUGAGAUCUACUCGGAUAGGUAUGUGUAUGGACAAAUUUAAAUAUAACAAAAAUUUGUUCACUCCAAAUCAAGGUUGUCAAGAUCUGAUUUAGAUCGAAAGAUCCUACCAAAAUGAACUCGUAUUCAAAUUUGAUUGUAAGAUAUUAGGUGUAAGUAUACAUUAUAACUUGAUGUUGAUUAAGACAACGAUAGUGG